GGGCGCAGAAUCCCGCCGGGCACCCAGCGGAGUGGUCUGAGGCCAGGCUUCCGCCUCUGGCCCUGAACUCCUCCCACCACCAACAAGCCCCGCCCACCAAGGGGCCCACACCACGAGUUUGGGUCUCCGCAGCGCCCGUAGUUUUGAACUUUCACCGCUCCUGCGGCCGGCGCCGGGGGAUAGCACGCAUGCGUCUUGUCUUCGAAUGGGUGGCACCCUUAUCCUCGCGGCGGCGGCAGGAAUCGUGGCCGUGCUGCUGGCAGUGCGGCUAUGGGUAGUGCUGCGUCCCCGCGCCGCUGUGCCCCGGCGGUCUCUCAGCCUCUUGGUGGUGGCUGGGUCCGGUGGUCAUACCACUGAGAUCCUGAGGCUGCUCGAGAACUUGUCCGAUGCUUACUCUCCUAGACAUUAUAUCAUUGCUGACACUGAUGAAAUGAGUGCCCAUAAAAUAAAUUCUUUUGAAGUAAAUCGAGCUGAUAGAAACCCCAGUGCUGUGUUUCCCGAAUACUAUAUUCACCGCAUUCCCAGAAGCCGGGAGGUCCAGCAGUCCUGGCUGUCCACGGUACUCACCACCUUGUACUCUCUGUGGCUCUCCUUCCCCCUGACUCACCGAGUGAAGCCAGAUUUGGCUCUUAAAAGAGGACCUGAGAACCUGCUGCCCCAACAGAAGAUGCUUGGACUGUGGCCCAGCAGUGCCCUCGGCAGGAUUUGUGGGAGGAGAGAAGACUGCAGUUCAGUCAAAAGAGCCACUGUUGAUCUUGAAAGAACAUCAGCCAUACAGAUGACACAAGGGACUGUACCUCAUGCUGCUUUUGUGCCUUGCUCCACUCUUGGUCACACCUACCACAGCUCAGGACAGAAUGUAGCCAUUAAGGCCUCAACCCAGACCACGGAGGUGAACUGUAUUUUCCAAAGUUGGCCAGCCACAUGCUCUGAAUAUGACCUGGCCGCUUCCUCACGCAGAAGUGGAGUCUGUUUGCUCUCCCUUGGAAUUUAAACCGGCCACCAGAAUGCAGCGAGAGUGGGAAGUGACAUUCUAACUCAGACAUUCCUCGGGGGAUGCCCUCACAGAACGCAGUCACCAGGCUGUGAGAAGCACAAGCCCCACGGAGAGGCCAGGUGUAGGUGUUCAAGGUCACGGUCACAGCUGAGCACAGGCUUUGCGUCAUCUCAGUCCAGGUGCUAGACGUGUGAGGGGAGGAGCCUCCAGAUGAUUCCAGCCCCGCCAUUUGAGUCACUCCCAGCCUUUCUAAUCCUCCCAGCUGAGGCUCAAACACCAUGGAGCAGAGAAAAGCCCUCCCUUCUGU